UCUCACAUCACAAUUCACAUCUCCUCGAACAAACAAAUUAUAACCCAUUUUCCUUCAUAAAUUUCUAAAAUAAAACCCCUUAACUUUCAUUUAUAUCAUCCAACCCCCAAUGGGUCGAAUCUUGAACCUUACCGUGUUAAUGACUCUUCUAGUCGUAACAAUGGUCGGAACAGCAUUCUCCGGUAGCUUCAACGAAGAGUUUGACUUAACUUGGGGUGAACACAGAGGCAAAAUCUUUAGUGGAGGCAAGAUGUUGUCACUGUCACUAGACCGGGUUUCCGGGUCGGGUUUUAAGUCCAAGAAAGAAUAUUUAUUCGGAAGAAUCGACAUGCAACUUAAACUCGUCGCCGGAAACUCUGCCGGAACCGUCACUGCCUACUACUUGUCAUCGGAAGGACCAACACAUGACGAGAUAGAUUUUGAGUUUCUUGGUAAUGAAACAGGGAAGCCUUAUGUUCUUCACACUAAUGUCUUUGCACAAGGCAAAGGAAACAGAGAACAACAGUUUUAUCUCUGGUUCGACCCAACCAAGAACUUCCACACUUAUUCUCUUGUUUGGAGACCACAACACAUCAUAUUUAUGGUAGAUAGUGUUCCAAUUAGAGUAUUCAACAACGCAGAGAAACUUGGUGUUCCGUUUCCCAAGAACCAACCAAUGAAGAUUUACUCGAGUUUAUGGAAUGCAGAUGAUUGGGCUACAAGAGGUGGUUUGGUUAAGACAGAUUGGUCUAAAGCUCCUUUCACAGCUUACUACAGAGGCUUUAACGCUGCAGCUUGUACUGUUUCUUCAGGGUCAUCUUUCUGUGAUCCUAAGUUUAAGAGUUCUUUUACUAAUGGUGAGUCUCAAGUGGCUAAUGAGCUUAAUGCUUAUGGGAGAAGAAGAUUGAGAUGGGUUCAAAAAUAUUUUAUGAUUUAUGAUUAUUGUUCUGAUUUGAAAAGGUUUCCUCAAGGAUUCCCACCAGAGUGUAGGAAGUCUAGAGUCUAAAACCAAUGAUUCUCUCUAUGUUGUUGUUUAGUGCAAAUGAAAUUCUCUUUGUUGUUUUUAUUUAAUAAAUUGAUUUGAAUUUU